AGUAAAAAGCAUAUUUACUGUGACACGCCAUCUCUAGAAUCACAUCUUUCUGUGUUCAUUUAUUUUUGUUUAAAUUCUUGAAUUUAAUAUUUAUUGAUUGUGUUUCUGUCUAUUUAAUUGUUUUCAAAGUCCAUUUUAUACCAAGCCGUCAAAAUGACCAAAUUAGUUAAAGUCAUGUCAAAUUUUUUCCAAGAAUACAAAGCAACAACCCCACAAAAAUUGAAAAUAAUAGAUGCUUAUUUAUUCUACAUUUUUCUUACUGGAGUUAUUCAAUUUAUCUAUUGUUUAUUUGUUGGUACCUUUCCAUUCAACUCGUUCCUAUCUGGAUUCAUUUCUUCUGUGGCAUCUUUCGUUCUUGGUGUCAGCCUUCGCUUACAAGUUAAUCCUGCAAACAAAUCCGAGUUUGGUGAAGUCAGUAAUGAACGAGCUUUUGCUGAUUUCAUUUUCGCUCACAUUGUUCUUCAUCUGGUAGUAUUUAAUUUCAUCGGUUGAAAUACUAUUGAAACCUUAAAUAUCCUAAUAUUACAAUUCCCUCAUGUUUUCGGACAUGUUUUCCAAAAUAUAUUAAUAUUAAAAUGACGCUUUUAAUUACAUGAAA